CACCAUGGAGGCCCUGCCGGCCUGUCUCCUCAAGGAUGUGUACCAGGAGGCGCUGGGCGCCGCGGUCAUCGGCAUCGACGAGGGCCAGUUUUUCCUGGACAUCGUGGAGUUCUGCGAGAUCAUGGCCAAUGCUGGGAAAACCGUCAUCGUUGCUGCUCUCGACGGGACCUUCCAGAGGAAGGCUUUCGGGAGCAUCCUGAACCUGGUCCCGCUGGCGGAGAGCGUGGUGAAGCUGAACGCCGUGUGCAUGGAGUGCUACCGAGAAGCCUCCUACACGAAGAGGCUGGGAGCGGAGAGGGAGGUUGAAGUGAUUGGAGGAGCAGACAAGUACCACUCUGUCUGCCGCGUCUGCUACUUCCGCAAGCGGCCCCAGCAGCCCGGGCUGGAAAACAAGGAGAACGUGCCCACGGGGCUGAAGCAGAGGGAUGUGGCCGUCUCCAGGAAGGUCUUUGCUUCUUGACUACUGGGCUCC